AUGAAAAAGGUUAGUACCCACCUUUUCAGUAAAUACAAUAAGAAAGUCAACGUUUUCUUUUUUGUGCCAUUUUUUAUUAGUCACGUUGUCCAUUCAUCCAUCCAUUCAUUUAUUCAUUCAUUCAUUUAUGUAGUUUUUUUUCUUUUUUUUUGCUCUUCUGUUAUUUUCUUUGUUAUUUUACUCACUCCCGAAUCGCACAAAUUUAUUGUGGAUUCUUCUAUACAUUCUAUGAAAAAUCAUCCUAAAAAUAAAUGAAAAAUAGAAUAGACUCUUGAACGUUUUUGAGUAGCUAAUCAAGCCAUUGGCGUUUUUCAUUUUCUUCCUUUUUGUCUGCCUUCUUCGUUUUCUACUGUCUUGCUUUUUUCUUUUUUCAACCCAAUUUGUUGCAAAUUUUUUUCUGUCCACAUGAUUUUAAAUUGUUUUUUUGUUGUUGUGUGUAUUUUUUCCAAUAGUUUUUUGAAAUAUUUGUCAUAUCCCUGUUUUUGACACCUUGUUUUUUAAACCAGGAAAACAAAGGGUUAGAUUGUAAAAAUGAAAAUUUCCUAAUGAGGACAAAUUAUCAAAGAAAUUCAGAUGUAUUUAUUUCAAAUCCAGAGAUCCUUUUACAGAUGAAAAUUUGAAAGUUUUAUAUGUGUUCUCUCAAUGUCAGAAAAAUCAGAAAAUUAUUUGAAACUUCAACACGGUUCAGUUAAAUGAACAAGUUAUUCAAAGAUCCCAACACUGUUUUAUCAACCUUCUUUUUUUCCCAGGUGAAAAAUCGAAAAUAUCAGAUAUUCAGCUAAAUCAUUGCAUAAUAAUAAAAAAUUAAGUGUGGUCUGAUUUCUUCCAUAGCUGAUUUUUUUUAAAUUUCGAUUUCAUUGAUCUUUAUCUCUGAUUUAUUUCUUGUAUUUAUUUGAACGUCAGUUGAUAAAUCAUGGAUUAUUGAAGGAAAUAGGCUUUUUUAUGAAAAUAAGUCAAAUUCUGGAAAUAAAACCGAUUAUUUUUGGAAUCGGACUACACAUUUUGAAGUUUUUCAGAAAAAUUAUGAGUCCUUCAGUUAUCAUUGAGAAUCUCUCGAUCUCCAGAAAAUUUAAAUUUUUUAAAGAAAGGGCAGCCAUAAAUAAAAACUGACACGAUUUGUCGGUUUUGCACCGGAAACAUCAAGUUUCUCCAAUCCCAACUACAGUAUCCCCAUCCUUUUUUGAUACACUUUAAUCGAAUAUUCGAACUUGUCCGAAUAACAAAUUCGAAUGCGGAACUCAGUACCAGCCUUUGUAUUUUUUCAACUUUUCUUUGCUUUCGGCAGUUUUUCUUUUUUCCUUCUUCAACUCAUUUCAUUUCGUUCUUUUGUUAUGUUAUGUUAUGCUCGUUUCUUUUUUCUUUUUCGGAAUAUUUUUUUCAUUUUUUUUAGUUACAUAAACAUUAGGCUUACGUACCAGCAAAAACAUAUGUAGAAGUUUGUAGCAAAAAAAAAGGAAUGGGAGGAGUUAGGAAUAUGCAUGAGAUGCGCAUAAGUCAAUCAGCAACAAGUGCGUAGCCUAGAUGAAGAAGCGGCGAAAAAAGUCACUAAUUGUUGUGCUUUUGCCCUCCCGCAAAAUAUAAAUUGACGUGAAUUAUUUACCACAAAUCUUCACUCUUUUUUCUAUUCUUUCAGUUACUUCUCUGAUUUUAUUUUAUACUAUACUUGUUUUGUCCUUUUUUUCAAAAAAAUUCGAAAAAGAAAAAAACUACAAGUUUGGCGUAAAAGAAGUACUCCGCAAAUCAUAUUUCGUUUCCUAUGGAAACUUUUCAUCAUACUUACUUACCAGUUUCCAAUUUUCUUCGGCCCGUUUUUGAAAACCUUGUUAUUCAAUUUUAAACGAAAAACGUUUAUGUUUUUUCUUCUUGCUCCAUCUUUUUUGCUGUACUCUUGUCUUUUCUUACUCAUCCCAUCAUUCAUUGUUCCUUAACUUAUUUGAUAUUUAUCGUCUUUUUGGGAUGAUUUAUUCAUCAAAAAGUCACUUUUUUGUGCUUUUCUUAAAAUAGUUUUUUUCUCUUUUUUUCUGAGACUUGAUGAUACUCUUUGUCAAUUUGAUUUUCGUUUGUUUUUGAGUAAAAAAGUGAACAUUUUCAGCGAACAAACGAUCUUCUUCAUACUAUUUUUCAUUGUGUAGUUAUUUGCGGGUGUUGGCCAUGUUCAGCUGCUUGUAGCUGGUAUUAUCGCUAUGCAGCUAGAGGUUGGUUUUUUGGGAUGAUUGAAAAAAUGGGACAAAAAUCAACAAGUGAGCCUUAAAUUUAGAUAAUAUCCGUUUUUUUUUUCAAAUUUGAACUAACGCUACAGUAAAGUCAAAACAUUUUUCAAGUGAGAUUUUUAAAUAAAAACAGGUAAACCUGAACCAAAAACAAACUUCAUGAUAAUUUUUAAUUUUCAAAAAUUAUUUCCACAUUUGAAAAAUCUUGAAAAGUUCAUCAGCAACUCCAAACUGUUUCUGAAAAACUACCCGAUCGGGAUUUUAUUUAAAAAGUUGACGAUUUAUAAAAUUGAGUUGAUUUUUUUCUAGAGCAGAAUGCCGAAACUUCAAUUUUUUUUCGAAGGUUCAGGAAUCUCGAAAAUUUUGAAUUAUCUGAUUUACAAUAAGAGAGCCAAAAAUUAUCCCGAUUCAAUAAUGAGCUCUUCCCAACCAAAAGUUCUCAAACCUAUUUUGUUAUCAAUUCCAGUUCAUACUUACAUUUGAAAUUAUCAUUGUUACGAACCUCUUCAAAACAAUAAAUUCUCACUUCCCAUAAAUAACUCAAAUUUUUCAACACAAACAUUUUUCUCAAUUUUCUAGUUGGUUUCUUUCGCGAGAAAAAAAAAACUACGCGAGUCAAGAUAACAUAAAAACGUGGUUUUUUUGCUAUGCGAUUCAGUAUUCCCUAGACAAUUUGUAUCAAAUCGGCUCAUUUAUUCAAGUAUUCUUCUUAUGUACAAACAUGACUUAUACUCUUUUUUAUAUGAAAAAUGUACAUAAAAUUUCAGAAUUAUAGCUUUUUUACUGUUAGAAUAAGAGAUUUUGUUUUCAGAGGUGAGGAUAGAAUGCCAGUGCGGAAAAAGCAUGGACCGUACGAUAUCAUCGCCGACGAUGUCUACGACUGCCGUAUUCCACUACAUAAUGAACUUGCCUAUCAGCACGGAAUCCAUUUCGAAGCCAAGGUUCGUUUUGUUGUGUUUUUUUUUGUUCCGAUGGCCCCUUCACAUUCCCACAAGGCUAUACUUUUUUCUUCUGCCUUGUUUUUAAUCAUCAAGAUUUGCCCCAGGGGAUGAUUUUGGGCGCGAGAAAAAAUAGAUGCGCACGCAAAACGGAAUAAAUAUAACUUGUCGACACGUAUUUUCUUCUCUUUUUUUUCCUUUGGUUGGCUUGUCGAGGGAAAAGGAAGGGCGAAAAAUUGAAUUGUUGCCCAAUUUGAAUGUUCAUCGAUCAGUGGCGGGAGAAAUUGAAUGUGAGGGGUCGAAGAGUGAACAUGCGAGAAGAUCAGAAGAACUUUUCUCGAGUCCUAGAAUCUGAAAUUGAUAAGAGCUUUUUUUUUAACCCAACAAAGGUUCGAAGAUAAUCAAGAAGUUUUCUAGAAUUUCUGUGAAACAUCCAAACCCAGAAAUUAUUUAGUUUUUUUUUGGGAAUCAAAAUGCAUUAUCAAAAUCAAGUUUUGUUUUGAAAAAUCAAGAGAUCAGUUGAAUGUUUUCAAAAUGCACACAUUUCUCAUCAAAAAUGUUUCAGUAUGUCGGGAGCAUGGAAAUCCCACGACCAGGAACACGAAUCGAAAUUGUGGCAGCAAUGCGACGAGUUCGAGUAAGUUCUUCUACCCAUCCCUUCUCACGUUCAUCCAAUAUUUCCAAAUUUCCAGUACGAAUUCAAAGCUCGAGGCAUCAAAAAACGACCGGUCGACAUUACAGUAUCCGUCGAUGGUGUCAAAGUGGUCCUGCAGCGAAAAAAACAAAAAGAGAAGGGAAUGUCGUGGGACGAAUCGAAAUUGCUCGUCAUGUUUCACCCGAUUUAUCGAAUAUUCUACGUUUCGCAUGAUUCGCAAGAUCUUCAAAUAUUCUCAUAUAUUGCCAGAGAUGGAGCAAGUAAUACAUUCAAGUGUAAUGUAUUCAAAUGUUCGAAAAAGGUUCGUUUCGAAAAUAUCAAAAUUGUGGUUGAUUUUUCGAACUGGGAUAAAAAAUGGAAUGGGAUUUUUAUGAUUUCCGGAACGCAUGAAUAAGAAACACAUUUUUUUUUGGAAAAAAAAUUGACUUUUCGGAAAUUCUCAGGGAAAGGUCAUUCAGAAUAAAAAUUUUUCAUCACGAUUAGAAUUGUUAGGAAAUGCAGCUUUUUUGUUAAACUUCAGAAACUUCAGAAAAAAAAAAUAAUACUAUGUUCAAAAUAAUAUUUUUUAACAAAAAAAUAGCAAAAACGCGCAAGUUUGCCCUAUUGACAAAUGUUUUUUCUCGUCUUUCAAAUAUUUUGUUUUGUAGGUGUGAAUAAUAUAUAUCAAAGUUCAAAAUGUUUUUUUUUAUUCAUAAAAAAAUCAUUUGUUUUUUUUUUCAAAAAAAGAUCAGUUGGAGUUAGGCUUUUUGCUGAUCAAACUAAUAGUUUUUAAAAAAAUUUGUAUUUUUUUGAAAGUUUUAACUAUUUCGAGACGUCUUCUAUUUUGAUUUUUCGGAUUUUAUCAUUUCAUCUUCUCCUCUUGCAACUCUCCUCUUCUUCUUCAUCUUCAUCGUCAACGUUUUGGGCGGGCUCACGAUAGAUGAGCCCGUCAAUAAUAAUUAGAAACAGUUGGUUCACCACUUUUCACUUACUAACUUCGUUUUUUUUCUUUGCUUGUUGUCUUCUCUGAUGAUAUUUGUUGCUCUGUGAAGAAAAGAGAAAUCGAUUCCAUUCUAUAUAUUUUUUGUGAUGUAUAGAUUUUUGUUUUUUUGUUGUUGUCCUCAUAGAUUUCGAGACGAGAAAGAGAUGUGUUUUUAUCAUCUAUUAUUUCCAGAUAUUUCUUGUGAGCAUUGACGUCACAAUUUUUCGCUUUUCUUUUCGUUUUUAAUAGUGAUUUGUCUUUUACUCGCCUCUUCUCAAAAAACCUAUGUGUUCAGAACUUUUUAUUAUUCUGAAAAUGUUUGAUUUUUAUAUAACGUUUUAAAAUUUUCAUCCGUCAGGCUUAUAAAAAUAAAAGCAACGUGUCAAAUAGUUGUUGAAACAAUUCAUUUUGUGAUAAAUUGGACUAUCUCUCUUGUUUCCACACUUUUCUUUCUUUAUUUUUUUUAUGUUUCUGACUAGACUGGACGCAAGAUUUUAGUGUAGUGUGUUCUGACCUUUCUUUUUUAUUGUUAUUUUUUUUUGCGAGAAAAAAGCUGGAUUUUUUUUGGGGCUUGUCAUGUUCUCAAAAAAUGACAAAUGUUAAAGUAUCAAAUAUACAUGAUUUAUCAUCUCUAAUCUUUGAAGUUUUUUGAUUUUUUAAACAGAAAAAAAUGUCUCAAAGACAUUUUGUAAUCUGUUCUCGAUUGGGAUUUCAAAAAAUGAAAAACGUCCACGUGAAUAAUUUUUCUAUGGUUACGUUAAUCACGAACUUUUAGCUCCAAUUGGUGGCCCCAUUUAGUAUUCUCCUAUUUUGAAUGAGCAUGACCUUGCUCUGCAGAACUAUUCAAGGUCACAGUAAAAAUUGUGUCCAACUUUUCGAAACAUGUCAAACUCCAAACUUUUUCGAGAUUUCUUGAUUUUCAAACCUCAAACUCCAGAAAAAUCAUAUAAAUAAUUUCUAGCUGCAAUAAAUUGACGAAAAAAAAUCCCUCGUGUUUUUUUUUCUCACAUUGAUCUUACUUCGAUCUUUCUUCAUUCGUUUUUCAUAUAUACUCACUUCGUUUGCCAUUUUUUCGCGUUUUCUCGUCGUUUUUCCAGUCUUGAGCCAAAACGCGUCAGCUGCUUUUUUCUUUCUUUCUUUAUUUCCCGCAAGGGAGAGAAAAUCUGCCGUUUUGCGUUUGGAAAUUUUUUUGCGACGACGACGAAAAAACACACGAGCAAAACGAAAAGAAGAAAUAAAAAAAGAAGAUCGUUUGCUCCUCUUUCACAUCGUUUUUUUUUGUCUUGGCUGUCUCUUGCUGUCGAUUGAUUCUUUAUUCUUCAGUUAUUUUCGUGUUGUUUCAAUUUUUCUUCUUGAAAUUAUAUAUAUAUCUAGAUAGAUCAACGGCGACUAUGAUUAUACAGUAUUUGAUGUCGACAACGCCGUGAGCUGUUUAUAUAAAACAAAGACAAAAACAAAAAAAUCAUGAUUCGGUUUGAUCCCGACGAAUGCUCUGAAAUGAGCGAGGAGAAACGAUUUUAUUAUCUACGAUUAAUGGCAAAACCGGGCGGAAAACCGAUUAAAACUAAAUUUGUUACAUGGUCUAGAGACGAAGAUAAAGCUUCGGCAUCGAAUAUUAGCAAUCAGCAGUUAGAGGUAUGGAUUGUGCAAAAUAUGUGUAUUGGUGUAAUUUUUGAAAGUUUCGAUAAAUGAAAAAAACUUUUUUGAGUAAUCUCGAAGUUUUAUUGAGACAUGAUUCCGAAAAAAUCGUAAGGUUAUUUUGAAAAUCAAACAGUAUUUUUUUUGUAAUCUACAUAUAUAAUGUGUAAAAACUAUAGAUUUAUUUUUCUAAAAUGAGCACGCUAAUUUUUCAGAAUUUGUAUUCUAAAAUUAGGUUCCAUAGCUUUUCAGAAAUUCACAUCAUAAUGUUUUAUUGAAUUCUAAAUUUCUCAAAAUACCGAAAAUCUGAGAUUUGCGUUAAAAAAAUGAAAUACUCUUUAUUACUUCUAAGGUUAAGAUACAUUCAAAAAUAUGGUUUUCAUUGUUUUUUUUUUUUUGAAAUGAAACUGAAGUCUCUCAUUUUUUGAAUCUUUACGAAAAAAUAGAGAUGUUAAUUUUUUCCAAAUAAACAAAAUUUCUGUAAUACUUUAUCAAUAGCUUCGGAACAUUUUUCAAAAACUUGAGAUGUUUUGGAGAUUUCACUUCCAUCAAAAAUUUGGAAAAUCUAGUAAUUCUUAUUUGAAGUUUAUAAACCCUUUCAUAUUCUUGCUCCUUCCAACCCCUCCAAAAUUCACAACUAAUCAGGGCCAGUUUCCGAUAUUCGCACCACAUUUACAACCCACGCUUCGUUUUUCUUUUGUUACACACAACACAUAUUAUUCAAUCCAUAUGGAACAGGAAAACACCAAUGCCCUUUUGAUUCUUCAAAUAUUUCUAGAAUGUUCCAGAAAUAAUCUGAAUAUUAAAAUCACCAAAGGCCAAGAAAACACAUCUGGUUUCACAUUGAAACAAAAAAUCUCGAAACAAAAAUCAUUUUUUUUCCAGAGCCAAGCAAUGCGAGUUGUUCGAACGAUUGGACAAGCUUUCGAGGUAUUUUUUUUGAAUCUCGAUUUUUUCAUGAAAUUUUCAAAUUGCAGGUUUGUCACAAAGUUGCACAAGAGCAAAUGCAGGAAAAACACGAAGAUGAUGCAGCCAAGAGUAAAAGUUGGUUUUUUUCCCGUAUCUUUCUCUCGUCUCCUCUCAUUUUUCAUUUCAUCCACAAUUUAUAACAGAUAAACAAAACAAAAAGAUAGAAUGAAUGAUUGAUAGAUUUCACACCUCAAAACUGUUAUUUUCUUACUUCAAAAAAAUAACUUAUUAUUGUUUAUUAUUUUUUGUGAAACGAAAACAAAAAACAACAAUAUUUCAGUCUCGAUGCAAUCUGAAGACGAAGCUGGUCCCGCGUUGGAUGUUAUUGAAGAACGUGGUGGAAAAGAGGAAAUGAGUCGAAGUUCGUCGCCAAUGGAAGGACCACCAUUAGGUGGACCAUUAUAUGGCAAACGAUUAUCACUGGUCAGUUUUUUUUUUGUUGGUAAAAAUUUUGUAUAUUUUUCAUGUCCCUACUUUGACAAUUUAAUCUGAAAACAAAUUUUUAAACACAUAAAGUUUUGACAUAGGAAUUUUUUUCAAGAAGCUCUUUCUAUAUUUCUGUAUUUAAAUAUCCAGGCCCUCAGUCAGCAAAUUACUUCUAUUAAUUUAUCCUACAAUGUAUCUUCCUAUUUUUUCUGAAAAAAUCGAGAGAAAAAUCAACAACCGUGUGUUAUUUGAUAUAGAAUACAAGCUUGAAAUUCGAGAUCAUUCAUAGUGAUAGAUGAUCUUUUUGAGUUAGGUCGGGUGUUUUUCCUCUCAUGAAAAAAACUUUUUUUUUCGAAAAGAAAAAAAAAUGAAAAAUGAUGGGCCGAACCGGGGAUUGAACCCGGGACCUCUCGCACCCAAAGCGAGAAUCAUACCACUAGACCAUUCGGCCGACAAGAAUAAAACCUCAUUUUCCAAAUAUAUAGAGGUGUUGGGGAUACUUUGUUUCUCUAAUGUCUGCUUUAUGUGUAUGUGUGUACAUUAGGAAAAAGGACAACAUGUUUUAUGGAAUGAGAAGGGAGAAGGCGAGAAAUUAUAUAUUAUUUUUGAGAUUUUUUUCUUGAUGCCGUAAGAUCCCUUUCAAAGUUUUUUGGAUUCUGAAAGAAAGUUACUUUUGAAAAAAAAAAAAUUCAUAUCUCAUUCCAGUUUCAACCUCGCAAAGCCUCUACCGCCUCAUCAUCCGGUGGAACAGCAAUCGACACAACAGCCAUACCAGAACAAGCGCUUGAAAUCCCAACAUCAACAAGCAAUAUUCUUCAACCAAAAGCUCCUGAACUUGUUCCCCAACUUCAACCACAAACCGCUCUACCUUAUCAACAAAAACAACCGGCACAAUCACUUCUAAACAUUCAACCACAACAAUUCAACACGUUACCGUCGCAAAUGCCAAGCACUCAAACAUUACCGCCAGAUGCAACUUCGCAUAACCCGGUAAUUUCAAUUUAUUUUUUUUUCGUCAACAUAAUUUGGUCCUGAUAUUUCAGAGAGUUAUGGCGAUGCAAUAUCCAUCAGCAACUUUGCCACAUUCUCGAACUUGGGCCGCCCAAGUCCCUUCUUAUCCACAAUCAAUGCAAUCGUUAGAGCAAAACGUUCCUAUGUAUUAUCCUGUAAGUUGAAAUUCGAUUUUGAUGUUUUCUGUGGAAGUUAAAUCAUUCUCAUUUUUUUUUAGCAAAUGUCGGGUAUUCUUCCAUCAUCUUCAUCUCUUCCUUUUGGACUUUCAUCACCUGUUAUGGUCUCACCUUAUGCAACAUUACAGUUAAAUAUGCCUGCUGCGCAACAUCAUUUAGAACAUGUGGAUAGUGGUUCACAGGUCACUCUUGAACAGGUAAGAGAAUUUAAGCUUCAUUUUUUUCAUACUCGAUUUUUUUAAAAUUUUUUUAAUUAAAAAAAAUCUAUGUUUCCAGCUAAAUCAGCAACUAAUGCGAUCUCAAUUAGAUCAAGCACAACAAUCAGUUCAAGUCGCUGGAUGUCAAGUGCAACUCCUCCGCGAUCAACUAACAUCAGAAACAACAGCUCGAUUAGAAGCACAAUCUAGAACACAUCAAUUAUUAUCAGCAAAUCGCGAACUCUUAGAACAAGUCCAGAAUUUAGUCACACGAUUACAAAUGUUAGAGUCGAAAAUAACCAACGAAAUUCAUGUGGGCACAUCACAACCAUCCAGUUCUCAACAAUCUCAUUCACAACAACAACAACUUCCAUCGUCAUCUUCAGCAAAUUCUCGAAUACUACCAUUAUCAAUUGAUAACUCGGAUCCGAGAAUACCUGCAGGAUCUGCGAUUCGUCCAAAUUAUCCAUAUCAAGUUCAACCAUUGGCAGAUCUUCGCGCUGGAUCUUUACCACCCGCAAAAGAAGUUCGAGAUCGGAGGAAGGGCGAUGAUGGUGCUAGAACGGAACCCGAAAGUAAUGCUGAUGAUACAACUGAUUAUUCAAGUAGUGAUCAAUAUGAGAAAACUUCCAACGUUGUUCGACCAUCUCAUUUCAAUAUUUUGAUGUCGAAUCCUCUAGUUGAUAUAAAUGUACCUUCUGGUGCAGCAAUGUCAGCAAAUCCGAUUGCAGCAACAGCAAUCAAAGAGCAGGUAUAUUUUUUGGAAUAAUUUUAAGGAAAAAAAUGGAGCAAUUUGUUUUUAACCAAGUCUGGUUGUCAAAAAUUUGAAUUCUAUACCAUUCCUACAUUUUCAUUUUGAUUCUAAAGCUUCUGAAAAAUGAAAAAUUGAAAAAAUCAAAACAAUAAUCAAUAUUUCAGGAAGGAAUCGAAGAGCUGCAAUCUUGCUCAACCCCGCCAAAACGCGAGCGCCGUGGAACAACAGGAAUCCUGCGUGGUGAAAAAGAUUUCUCAAGAAUGUCAUUCAACGCAAAGUGAGUUUGAUUGAAGCUAAUUAGAAUUUCAAUCCAUCAAUUGAUCUUUAUAGAUAUAGCAAAGCGCAAAAGGAUAAAGACCGUGAUCAGCCAAUGUUAUAUGAUGAUACAUUGGAAGAAGAAAUUGAAAUACCAAUUGUGGAAAAUAGUCCGCCGAGAAAAGAGAAAACCACAACCAUUGAUUCGUUAUUCAAAUCUCAAGAUGAUCCGCCAACUCUAGCAGAUCGAGAACAACAGCAACAACCAACACCAAUCAGGAAAGGAACUGUUAGUUUUUUUUAAUCUUUGAUUUUUGUUUUCUGUUUCAAACUAACAAAAAUUCAAUUUUUUCAGACCGCACCUUUCCUAAUACCAGCUGGACCAGCUAGUUCUUCAAUAGUCACUGCAAUGUAUCCGCCCGUUCGAAGUACCCAGUUAAAUAAAGUGAGUUCAGCAAACUCUAAUAUCAAUUUUACAUUAUUUAUUUCAGCCAAAAGUUGAUGUUUUUCGAAAGAAAACUCUGAAAACUUUAUCGGUUGAUAUAUCCGAUGAGCCGUCGGCAAGUGAUGCAAAUCGCAAUCAAACAACAUCCACAAUACCUUCGGCGGCACGAAAACGAGGAGAUGUUGAAAUUAAAGAUAUUGAAGAUUAUAUCAAGUGAGUGGGGAAUCUUGAAAUUCUACAGGGAAAAUCAGGCUUGUAAAAAUUACCUGCAGGUGUGCUGCAGGUAAUCAUAACCACAACACCCCCCAGAAGUUCAAAAAGAUGGGCCGAACCGGGGAUUGAACCCGGGACCUCUCGCACCCAAAGCGAGAAUCAUACCACUAGACCAUUCGGCCGACAAAUAUAAAACCUCAUUUUCCAAAUAUAUAGAGGCUUUGAGAAAACUUUGUUUCUCUAAUGUCUGAUUUCCAUAUAUCUCUCAUUAUCUCUAAUAUGAAAUGUUUUCUAGCCGUAAUGUGGAUCGAUCAAAACUGCCCGAAACAUCUCUGUUAUCUCGUCUAACGCGCCAAGCGCAAGGUGACGCAACAAUAAGUAAUUUGCCGAAUGGAUAUCCGCAAUAA